GCGUUUCUAAGCUAUUUAGAACACAUAGUGAUGUACAUGUAUUAUGAUUUGGUUAUUUGUUCAAUAGUAUAAGGAAGUAUGACGUGGUUUCUGUCUCUCUGGAUCUCCAUGGAUACCGUCCUACCCGUGUUGUUUGUUCACAUACACCCGUCCCGUGUUCUUUUAUUAUAUUAUAUAUAAACGACUUAAGCCAGAUCGUUUACAAGCAUAACGUUGUGUUGUGAUUUAUCAGUAAACAAUUUUUCAAAAUGUUUGGUAGGAGAAAAAAUAAAGAGUUCCAGGAUGAACCAAUCAGAAUAACAAAAGAAUUGUUAGUGCAGUUGUGCAAGGAACACAAGCUGUAUACGGUACCUAGUCAAAACGACGUGCUGUAUCUGCAUUUUAAAGGUUUUCCGAAAAUCGAACAUUUAGAAGAGUACACUGGGUUGAAGUGUUUAUGGCUGGAAAACAAUUGCAUAAGUCAAAUAUCCGGAUUGGAAAAUCAAACAGCCCUCGUCAGUUUAUACCUUCACCAUAACGCUCUGACCAAAAUUGAAAACUUGGACGUUUCGCCAAUGUUGUGUACCGUCAAUUUGAGUUAUAACUUUAUAAGAAAAAUUGAAAACCUCAGUGUACUACCGGUACUCAGCUCUUUGUUUAUAACGCACAACAAACUGUCCACAGCAGACGAUAUAGCUCACUUGAUGGAAUGCAAAAGCCUAUCGAUAGUCGACUUGUCGCACAACAUUUUGGAUGAUCCAGAAAUAGUCCAAGUGUUCGCCAAAAUGGAAUCUUUGCGCGUACUCACGCUGACUGGAAAUGACGUUAUUUCGAAAAUAAAAAACUAUAGGAAAACGUUAAUAUUGAAAUGCAAGCAUCUUUGUCACCUGGAUGAGAGGCCGGUAUUUCAAAAGGACCGUGCAUGUGCAGAAGCCUGGAGUACUGGUGGAAUUGAAGCCGAACAAGCGAUGCGAACAAAGUUAAUCGAAGAAGAACAGGCUAGGAUAAACGAUUCCGUUAACGCGUUAUUGAAAUUAAAAGUAAAUAAACAGAACGAGGAUAGUCGACCGUCUUAUUCAACAACAUCCGGACAAGAGGGUUCUGGAGACAGUGGUCAUCGGGAAACGACCAAUAUGAUUUCUUCCAAAGAUUAUUACAGCGAAUACUCCGAUUCCGAGAGUAGCGAUUCUUCGGACGAUUCCCGUUCGUCUGAUGGACCUUUGGUCUGUGAGAUUAUUAAAACUGACGAAAGUCAGUCACAAAAUGAACGAGGUGAACCUUUCGUCAACAGCAGUAAUAAUCCCAUAGCGACAGCUGAAUGUCGUGCCAUAGUCGAAUCGUUGGUCGAGAAAUGUUUACCCCGUGAAGAUUUCAAAGUUGUCUCGCUGGCAGACGUGUUGAUUUCAGAGGAAACUCAAAGCGCAUACUAUUUUGGUCAGGAAAAAACUAGAUGUGAAAAUGUUUCAGGUGCUUUAGAAAAAGAAUUUUCAGAGUGCAAUUUAAUAGGGACCGUCGACCGUGAAAUCGUCGAAUGUUCAGCUGAUGACAGACCUAACCACCUAGUCGGUGGUUUGGAAAAAAGUAAUUCGAAUGUCACAAAAGAAACUGAAAGUGACGAGAACCCCAUAAAAGAUGAUGAUAGAAAAGACUCCACGUUUCUGAAAUGUGAAUCAGACACGUGUGGUUAUUCGGGUGAAAUGGACAAAGACGGCGACAUUUCUAUUCGUUUGCCUUGGCAACAAUCGCGUCCAAACGAUGAUCAUUCCAUAAAAAUAACAUCCACUGAUCAAAGUAGCAAGCGGCUAGCCAAUAGCGGCCAAUACACUAAAAACGAACAAGAUAAAUGUAGGCCUCUAAUCGUCGAGCUAUAACUAAUUUAUAAACUAAUAUUAUGAUCCUCAUUUUGUUUUAAAUAUUCCUAAAAUCGCAAUGUCUAAUAAUACUUACCGCCUAUAGUUACUACCUAUAUUAGAUGUACUUAUGCCUCAUCGGUCGAAAAAAUAGUGAUAAUUAAAUAAAUUAUGCUUCUAAAUUAUUGUGUGCAGUGGUCUUAAAAUAAGUGGUCCAUUUCUUGUAAGUUGCUAACAACUUCACACAUUAACCGUUUCGUUGUCGAAUUCAAUACAGUGAAUUUCAUCAAUGCUUAGCCAUCGUAUCUUCUUCUUCUCUCCCUUCCACACGAGUCUACUAUGAUUUUCGUUUUAUCUUCAUGUGUCAACUGCAUCUAGUUAAAGCCCUCCAAAUUGGGUAUGACCAUGUCACUCAACGUUAUCUGUAAAGUUAGAUAAGAGUUUCCCUCGAAUAGUAGUUGUGGCAAAAUUGCACACACUUAACGAGUUUAUUGUACUUACGUGACAAACGUUUUAGGACGCGUACUUCCAUGAU